AUGGGAACAAAAUUAGUGAGUAACAUUAAAAAUUUUAUCAUAUCAGGGAGAAACCAAAAUGGUAUUAAAGGUUUAAUUAAAAGCUCAUAUCCAAAUGGGUAUAGAAACUUCGGUCCGGAUUUAGAUAGAAUGAUGCUACCAUUGAACAAGAAAUAUGUGGAUGCAAGUAAAUUAGUAGAUAGUAUCAAUGAAGAAACAAAUAAUAUUGGAAGUUGCAGUGUGAGUGGGGGAAAGGAUAAUUAUUACAUAUCAGUGUUAAAAUAUCUGGUAGACUUUAUACAGUGGGAUAUAAAAAAGGAGAGAGAGAACUAUGCAAAAUAUGGGAUGUUUUUAUUUUUGAAAUUACUAGAGAGUUAUAAAGAUCACUGGGCUGAUUAUAUAAGGGUUACAGGAUUUAUAAGAAAUCAAUCUGAGAUAUGGCUUUCAAAAGACAAUACUACAUUACAAUACUACGGAAAGUGGAUAAUACUGGGGAAUAUGAAGAAAAGUUUGGAAAGGAAUAUUCACUUUUACCAAGAAGAGUUAGAUGUUUUGAGGGAUGGUACUCACUUAGUUUGUGUGAAUUACAACUUAGGAUCAAAGUUUACAGGAUUAUCAGUUAACUCUCUACCUAUAAAAAUGUGUACAUUAAGUCAUAAAUUGGUUGAAAUGUUGUGUAAAUGUUUGCUAAACAUAAACACUAGGUUGGAUAAUAAGAAAGGAAAAGAAAAGGAAAGAUUAAAGGAACAUCAGAAUGGUUUGACUAAAGAUCAGAGUUUAAGAAUAAAUGAACCAUGUAACAGAGAUUUGAUAGAGAUUGAAAUUAUAUUGGAGAUUAUAUUGCUUGGUUUUUUGAUAGAAGGUAAUGCAUUUGAGGAGAAAUCUGGGGAUUUAAUUUCUGAUUCUGUAAUACCUUGUUUAGCAUCCAUAAUAGAUUCUAAGAUUAUUUUAAGUUAUGGAUUAUCUUUUCAUAAUGUAAAGUAUUAUUUGAAUGAGAAUGGUCCUGGAACAUCAUUAUACAAUACAAUGAAUAUUUUCAGGCAAGAUAAUAACUUAUUUUUUCAGGGAGAUAAAGCAAGCCCAUAUGAAUUAAUUGAGAGCUUAUAUAUAAAGUUUUUGUAUGCAAUUGAGACUUUAAGUAUAAUUUUUUCAAAAGAAUCCCAAGAAGAAAAAGCAACACAACAAAAAUACUCUGAUGCAAUAUCUGGUAAAGUAACAUCAGAAUUUGAAAAUAAUCUAACAUCUCAAAGCAGUUCAUGUAAUAAUAACGGUAUUAAUGGUAAUGAGUUGGGGUUGAUUCAAAGAUUCAAGGUACAAGAUCGAAUAAAUAUAUUACCACUAAAAUUUAAGAGUUUAAAUGAUAAGUUAUAUUCAUUGUAUUAUUAUCCAUAUAUAUUAACAUCUGAUAUUUGUUUGAGCAUAUGUAGAGGAAAUUCCGAUUAUACCGUAGAGCUGAUAACAUUGUUAACAUGUGCUUUAAGAUACCAUACAAUAAAUACAACAUCUAAUUUAGGAAAAGAUACUGAGAAUUUUCAAAGAUUAUUUCAGAAUAAUUACCCAUUCUUCAUAAUAGAUGAGCUUGUAGUUUCAAUUUCGGGAGGUAAUGAAGAGAUCCCGAGAUCAAUAUUAUAUUAUGAGACCCCACAAUAUUGCUAUAGUUUAUUACGUUGCUUACAUAGGGUAUUAUGUUGUUGCCCAAGAAUUGUGGGUAUUUCAAGACUGGUUUCAACUUUGAUAAACUUAAUUGAUGUAAUACUACCAUUAUAUGAUUUAAAUGGAAUAUUGUGUUCAAGAUCUAAAAAUUUGGAUGGCCAUACCAAUACAGGAGGUAGUUGUAGGGGGAUUACAGGAGGAAGUAAUAGGGGGAUUACAGGAGGGGAAAUGGGAAAGUGUGCAUUAUUGAUGAGGAAUGUGUCAUUUCAGGUUAUGUUUGAUAUAAUGUGUAUACUGAGUGAUACAUCUCAGGUUUUUUAUGUGAUAAGAGUUCUAGUUAAAGUUAGAGAUUGGUGUGGAUCAUGCUUAUUGGAUUUAAUAAGGAGAUGUCAAAGGCUUGCAUCUCAGAGUAGUGAGAUGGGGAUUUCUCAGAGAGUUAAUUGCAAGGCAAAUAAUGUCCAAUCAAAGAAUGUUUGCGUUGUUGGAGGAACCAAUAUAAUGAUAACAGGUAACCAAAAAUGUGAUAAGUCAGAUCAAAGGACAAGAACUAGUGUGGGAUCAUUACAAAUCUCAAAUAGAACAGGAAAUGAAGCAAAUGUUAGUUUUUCAGAAGGUUCAAAGUUAUUACAAAGCUCAAGCUCUAGUGGAAGUGGAAUAUGUAAUUCUGGAGUUGAUUUAUCUUCUUAUUUGUGCACAGGAGGAGGAUUAAAAGAGUUUGGAAAUGAGGUUGAUUUGGAGACAAUAAAUCCAUCAUUUUGGAGUAGAUCAAAGAUUUUGGAGAUUGCAGGUAUUAACAAGAAAUGGAUAACAGGACAAAUAGGUAAUUCAGGUAACAAUUAUAUAAGUGUAAAUUUUGCUGGUGGAGGGGUUGGUGGAGGAAUGGUAAAUGGUUUGAAUAGUAGCAGUAACAUGUCAUUAGGUGUUGGGAUAGCUUCUGGGUUAUCUAGUGAUAUAAUAGUAUCAUCAAAAACUACCCAGGUAAUCUUUAACAGAAGCGAGAACAUGGGAAGCAAUAACAGUGGAAAUUCGGGUUCAGGAGGAGCAUUGAGGGCAGACGUGAUAGGAGGGUCAGCUUCAUCAGUUCCUUCUUCUUCUUCCUCCUCAGCAAUAGUAAUGGGUGGGGGUAUGUCUGGUUCAGUUAACUGUGGAGGGAUUUUGAUAUCAAAAACAGUUCCUCCUUCAUCAAACUAUUGUUGUGACUACAGUAGUGAGGAUGAAGAUGAUAGUUAUGAUUUUGAUGAUAUAGAAACUAGUAGUGAUGAGGAACCAGGAAAUAUGAUGAAUUUUAGAGACGGAGAAAGAAGAAGAGAAGGAUAUAGGCUGGGAAGGAGAGGCGUUGAAGAGGAGGAGGAAGAAGAAGAGGAUGAUGAAGAAUAUUGGGAGGUAGAUCAGAAAUUAUUAGAAUUGAUAAGACUUCGUCCAACAAGUUCAAUAGUUAAUGCACAACCUCCAACAGCAGGAAUACUUCGAAGGACAGUAUCAUCAGAUGUGAAUAUAAAUAAGGGAACAUUUUCAAAAAUAGGUAGUAUAUCAUCAUUUUGGACAAAGCAUAAUUCUGCUCCUCCAAAGACCUUAUCAUCAAUGAAAAGAGUAUGUUUUGCUGAGGUAGCACAGAUAUAUUAG